UCCCACAGCGGGUCGUGGAAAUCUGCUGACUGAGCACAACCUUUUCUGUUGGCGUUCUUAUGCGAGCACAAAUUCAGCAAGUGUUGUCUUUACAAGAACCUUUGCAGCAGGACGGACGCGCACAGGAGGAGCUGUCUUCUCUUGCGGAUUGCGCACAUUUGGUGUCGAGGAUGCGCUGACAUGUGAGACCUUCAACGUCGGCAAUUUAAGUUAAAAUCUACCAAGCCUCUUCGCUUCCUCUGCAGCCAUGGGUCCAUUUGCAUCUGCAGGGACCCUCUUGUCCGUCUUCCUCAUUAGCAGGUUGUUAGAGAACACCAUGCUCAAUGCAGAAGUGAAGGAAGGAGAAAUUUUGCCUCCAACCAUUCAGAAGUUGAUGAAAGGAUACAACAAGUACCUGAGGCCCUUUUUUGAGAAUGGUCCUGUUACCGUUGGUAUGAGCUUGGACAUUGCCAGCAUUGAUACCAUUUCAGAGAUCAACAUGGACUACACAGCCACCAUAUUCCUCCGGCAGCGCUGGACAGAUGAGCGUUUGGUUUUUGAAGGCAACAAGAGUCUGAGCCUCGACGGACGGCUCGUGGAGCUCCUCUGGGUACCCGACACCUUCAUUGUGGACUCCAAGAAGUCUUUUCUUCAUGACAUCACCGUGGAAAAUAGACUGAUUCGCAUCUUUCCAAAUGGAACCGUCCUUUACGCACUGAGGAUUACCACCACUGUGGCCUGUAACAUGGAUCUGACAAAGUACCCCAUGGACAAGCAGACCUGCACACUCCAACUGGAGAGCUGGGGUUACAAUAUCAACGAUGUCAUGUUCUACUGGACCAGAGGGAAUGAGUCUGUCAGCGGCCUAGACACUCUGCAGCUGGCUCAGUACACAGUGGAGGACCACUACACCUCUGUGUCAGAGGCCAUCUAUGAAACUGGUCACUACCCAAAGCUGGUAUUCCACUUUGAACUAAAGAGGAGCAUCCUGUACUUCAUCCUGGAGACAUAUGUCCCUUCAAGCCUGCUGGUGGUCCUUUCAUGGGUCUCCUUCUGGAUAUCCCUGUCCUCUGUUCCAGCCCGGAUUUGUAUAGGAGUGACCACAGUGUUGACCAUGACCACUCUGAUGAUGGGGGCCCGCACUUCGCUGCCCAACGCCAACUGCUUCAUCAAAGCUAUUGAUGUGUACUUGGGAAUCUGCUUCAGUUUUAUCUUUGGGGCCCUCAUAGAGUACGCUGUAGCCCACUUCUGCACCCUCACUUACAGUGACACGCACAUGCUCAUGUAUGGCCAUCAAAUGCACAGCCUGGAUGACGACAUGAACGGCAUCGUCACCACCAUCUCCACGCAUCGCACCAACAGACGCAAGGAGCCCGACACAAGUCCUGCCCCUGCUCCCGCCUCCACCGAAUUGGCCGUCAGCCCGUCAAGCCCGACAGGCAGCGAGCCCAAACCCGAAGUGUCGCCCCCAGAACCCACCCACUGGUGCUUCACAGUUUUGGCCACCCUUCGAAAAGUCCUUAGUUUCAUAAGCUGCUGUCAUAUAAAGAACCCACAUCACAUAGACAACUAUUCCAGAGUCACCUUUCCAUUGUCUUUUGUUAUGGUUAACCUUCUCUACUGGACAUAUUAUCUGUACUUUUAGCAUCUAUACCAGUAUUCCUUUGAUCUUAAAUAUCUCUGUGUUUAUGUUUGGGUUUAUGAGAAGGAAAGAGUUAAUGCCUUCAUGGCCUAUGCUACUGUUUUGAUAUGUGAGCACAUACUUGAAGUUUGGUUUCGUAGCUGUUUCAGCCUCCUCAAUGCAAACUGGUGAGGUUUCAUAAACUCAGAAAUUCUUCCAAGGAUAUGCAUAUUUAUCACCGUAGCACAAUUAUUGCAAUUAUGUCUCUGCUCAGGUUAGCGGAUAACACGGAGAAGAUAGUAAUUUAUGACUUGAUGGCCAAAAUGUCCUGCGGCGCUGAGUGAGGACAAAUGGUCGUUUUUCUUUUAGUCUCGCUUGUGAUGGAUUGAUACGGUAUUAAUUUUCUCUCUCUGCCUUGGAGUGAAAUAGGAACACAUGCCGAGUCAGUGAGUGGAAAAAGAGGAGUAAUGGUGGAUUUCACUGAUGAUGGAAGCGUUUGAAAAACUAUAAAACCUUGUUGUUUUCUGACUUCUUCUAUGAAAGCCAAUAGUAUACAAUAUUUUAUAAAAAUUCCCUGAUAUUGUUUGCGCCCCCGCGACCCCAAAAGGGAAUAAGUGGUAGAAAAUGGAUGGAUGGAUGUUCAUAACAUAUAUCAAGUAUAUUAUUUCAUAAUAUUAUUGUUGAAAUGAAAUUAUGGUAUAUAAUUGAGACAAUGGUGAAAGCACUGAUCAUCUCUUCUGCAUGGAUCGCUAAAUUAAAAGUAACGUCAUAUUUAAUACCUUUUAGCUGCUGUGAAAAUUCCAAGCAGUUCAUCAUCAGAUUUCUGCUUACAAGAUACACAAAUGUAAUACUUUGUAUACUUCUUACAAAUUCUUCUGAUCUGUGGCUGCUUUUUUGUUCUUGGAAUAUUUCCAUUGGAGUCAUAUUGGUAACGUACUCACUUGUAAAUGCUAUUCCGUACGUAACAGUUUUAUGUAUCUCAAAGUGAUCGCUAGUAUUGUUUUUACAGAAACUAUAUUGCUGCUUGACUUCUUUUUAAAUAUUUGAAUUAUUUCAUGUGAUGUAAUUGAGGAUGUUUUUUUGUAACAAACAUUUUGGUCAUUUUAUGUUCUGUGUAACUUGUAUCAACAAAUCAUUUCCAUUAUUCCAUUGUUUUUAUUAUUUGCAAGGAUGUUUGCCUCAAACUCCCAAAUUACUAUUUUGGGGGAUUUUGGUUCACAUUAAGUCCCUUUCAAACCAAAUAGUCUCUUAAAAGAAAAUAUCUAAGAAAGAAAACAGAUGCAGUGUAGCAAUAUAUUAAUUUGAAGGACAUAUAAAGACAUGUUUAGAGUGAUACAUGAACCAAACUUAGCUGAGUAUUGAAUGAGAACUGCCACUUUAAAGGGGAACUGCACUUUUUAUUUUUUAUGUUUGUCAUUAGUAACAAUCUUUGUGUGAGGCAAAAACCCACACGCGCUUUUCUGUGAAUUCUAUAUAGUGAAAAACUGCUAGUAAGAGGCAGCUAACAAUGCGAGUAAUGUGGAUGUGAUCUAUUCCAUCUAUAAAGCCCUCUAGAACCAUCCAACACAGUUUUAUUUACAUGCUAUGAGCAUGUAUGAAAUAAUAGCGAGCACAUUCAUGAUAACAUGUUAUCAUUUACAGCACUUUGGUUUGCAACUUCUUUCCUGGGCGCAUAGUUAGGAACACUUCCGUUGCUCUGUGAAACCGCAACAUAGAAAGCACUUUGAGUGUUUGCUACCGCUUUGCGAGAGCCAUCCUGCAUUAUCACGUAGCCCUAUUGUUAAAUAGUUCAAAUGAAAAGUUCAAACAGUGACUUACGUUGUCCGCCCUUACAGGGAGGCGGACUGAUAGGAUUUUGUAUUGUUCAGCACUUUUUCUGUUCUUGAACUGCUAAUUUAAAUUUUCCUGAAGAAACUCUUUUGAAGGAAUCAAUAAAGUAAUAUCUAUCUAUCGAAAUUCAGAAUAAACCUCAACAAAUAAAACUAAUUCCUGGAGAUUUUGUGAUGGUCUUAUGCUGUGUUCCAUUCUAAUUUACCUGAGUGAACUCUCCUGAAGGAAUCAAUAAAGUACUAUCUAUCUCAGGAGUCACCAACGCGGUGCCCGCGGGCACCAGGUAGCCCAUAAGGACCAGAUGAGUAGCCCGCUGGCCUGUUCUAAAAUAGCUCAAAUAGCAGCACUUACCAGUGAGCUGCCUCUAUUUUUUAAAUUGUAUUUAUGUACUAGCAAACUGGUCUCGCUUUGCUCAACAUUUUUAAUUCUAAGAGAGACAAAUCCAAGAACAUAUUUUAAAGACUUGGUCUUCACUUGUUUAAAUAAAUGCAUUUAUUUCUUAUAACUUUUAGAAAGACAAUUUUAGAGAAAAAAUACAACUUUAAAAAUGAUUUUACGUUUUUUAAACACAGAUACCUUUUUACCUUUUAAAUUCCUUCCUCUACUUUCCUGACAAUUUAAAUCAAUGUUCAAGUAUUUUUUUUUUAUUGUAAAGAAUAAUAAAUACAUUUUGAUUUAAUUCUUCAUUUUAGUUUCUGUUUUUUCGACAAAGAAUAUUUGUGAAAUAUUUAUUCAAACUUACUAUGAUCAAAAUUCAAAAAAAUUAUUCUGGCAAAUCUAGAAAAUCUGUAGAAUCAAAUUUAAAUCUUAUUUCAAAGUCUUUUGAAUUUCUUUUAAAAAAAAUUGUUCUGUAAAAUCUAGAAGAAAUAAUGAUUUGUCUUUGUUAGAAAUAUAUCUUGGUCCAAUUUGUUAUAUAUUAUAACAAAAUGCAGAUUGGAUUUUAACCUAUUUAAAACAUGUCAUCAAAAUUCUAAAAUUAAUCUUAAUCAGGAAAAAUUAUUAAUGAUGUUCCAUAGAUAUAUUUUUUUAUUUUUUCAAAAAGAUUUGAAUUAGCUAGUUUUUCUCUUAAUUUUUUUCGGUUGAAUUUUGAAUUUUAAAUAGUCGAAAUUGAAGAUAAACUGUGUUUCAAAAUUGUAUUUAAAUUUUUUUCCCGUAUUCUCCUCUUUUAAACCGUUCAAUUAAGUGUUUUUUUCAUCAUUUAUUUUCUUCAAAAAACCAUUUCGAAAAAGGAAAAAAAAUGUAUGACGGAAUGACAGACAGAAAUAUCAUUUUUUUUUAUAUAUAUAGAUUUAUUUAAGGUAAAUUGAACAAAUUGGCAAUUCAAACUGGUAUCCCUUCCCAUUAAUCAGUACCCAAGAAGUAGCUCUUGGUUUCAAAAAGGUUGGUGACUCCUGAUCUAUCUAUUUGUUGGGAGAAAAUAGCGCAUCAAGUUGGUAGCAUGUGGAUUUUCCAAGUUGACCAACUUCUUAGCUUGGUGCCGCAACCUUCUACUAUACAGGUGAUAGAGUCAUGAUUUAUAACAGCAUUAACUUUUACUAAGGCAGCAACAGCUCAAGCUCCUUCUUUUUCUUCUUUAUUUCUUGGCGGGUCACUACCAACAUUAUUAGCAGCUCAAGCUAGCUAGUAGUUGGCUACUCGCUAGUGGUCGGAGGAGCAGUGUGAGCAAGGUAAUGUGUCAAUACCGCAGAAAAGUAGUAAGCGCUUACCAUAAAAAUGUUGCUAUAGCUUGGUUAAUACGCUGGUCACAGCAUGUAACUGCAACGUUGUUGGCGGUUUUUGGAGCGGAGUAGAUGAAUUGUUGGUAGCCUCGUACAACCAUUUUUUCAGUAUUUCAAAUACACGAAAAGAGAAAGACAUGUCUUGUCCCACAUAAGGAUUGUGGAUAAAGGCCAAGAUCCCCCCAAAAAAUCUGUUUUCCUUAAACGGGAUGUAGUCUGUUUGCUAUCUUUCAGUGAAGCAGCAUCACUGGCAACUAAUGAUGUGUACCAAAGAUUAGAAGAGUUGUACAUUUUCCGAUGAUCGCAUGUUGUCAGUGAACAUUUCAUACAUCAGACAACAGGACGAAGCUGCUUGUUGAUUUUAUUGUUGCCUCAUUCAGUCUUUUUUAACAUUUACUCAGUGAAAUUACUGAGGUGAUUACUGAGAGCAUAAUUCAUUGCCUUGUGUAAUUAUUUCAUCUGCGUCGUUUCACUGUUUGUAUUGAUGGCGUCAAAACUGACAAACUAUUUCCUUAAUGGUUUCUUCCUGCAUGCUUCUCAAUAUAUAACUUUUGUUUGUGGUUUGUUUGGGUUUUACUAAGAAAGAAAAUAACUAACCCGAUGCUUUGAUUGUCAAUGAUGCCUCUUCUUAGACCAAAAGGUCGGGCUCUUCAGGGUUCUGUUCUAACGUAUACGACUGACGUGUCCUAUGGAAGCAGUGACAAAUUGAACAUGUUACAUAAACGAUUUGAGAAGAAAUCUUCCAGUUAAGUAACGGUUAUAAAAGUAAUUAAUGUUGUAAAAAUACAUGGAAUCUAAAGGCAAAACCUUGAAAAGUGCAUGAUGAAAAGUCACGGACAUAUGAUUCUUCCGACCAUGUCUUAGUAGUUUUGACUUUCAUCAAAAUUGCCAGAAAAAAAAAUCAUCAAAUGUGGACAAUAGAUAAGGUUGGACAUUUUUUUUCAGAGAUGGACUGAACCAUUUUCCUUAUCAUGUUGUAGGACGUGUGGAAAAAAUACCUCAUGUUAUGUUGGCGACCACCUGGGACGUCUUCAUGUGACUUGUAUUAAUAUUGUAGCACAAUAAUGAUUUGGAUAUUGUUCUGCUCAACCUGUACUUGUAAAUAAAUCCUGCUGAUAUGCAUGUUGAUUGUAAAUAAAUGACAGCAAUAAAAUCAUUCAAGUCAGUGGCGUGCGGUCAGGUACAUGGCUGGUGAGGCACUGACAUUUUUGCACAUUAGGAUAACAACAUUGAAGAAAAUAAUCUGCCAAUUCCGAUGAUCCAUGUGUGAGAUCGGAUGAUUCCAAACACAUGUAUUAACUGUAAAUAUUUCACUUUGUUCAUGUUGUGUGCUAUUGACAGGUUUAAAGCGGAACAUUAUCACAAUUUCAGAAGGGUUAAAACCAAUAAAAAACAGUUCCCAGUGGCUUAUUUUAGUUUCGAAGUUUUUUUCUCAAUUUUACCCAUCACGCAAUAUCCUGAAAAACUGCUUCAAAGUGCCUGAUUUUCAGCAUCGCUAUAUCCACCCGUCCAUUUUCCUGUGAGGUCACUUCCUGAUGCCAAUACAAACAAACUUGGCGGAUAGAACAGAAAGAUAUAGCGACAUUAGCUCGGAUUUCAGCGGUUUAAGCGAUUCAACAGAUUACGCAUGUAUUGAAACGGAUGGUGGGAGUGUGGAGGCAGAUAGCGAAAAUUAAAUUGAAGAAGAAACUGAAGCUAUUGAGCCAUAUCACGACAGACAGCGGCAACGAGGACGAAUUCGGCGAUCGCCUUCUAACCAACAAUUGCAUCUUUUGACCACUGGUGCAACUUGAAUCCGUCGAUUGGUAUGUGUUUGUUUGGCAUUAAAUGUGGGUGGAGGGAAAGGAUGGAUGCAAAUAUAGCUACAAAUGAGGCAUAAUGAUGCAAUAUGUACAUACAGAUAGCCUAAAUAGCAUGAUAGCAUCGAUUAGCUUGCAGUCAUGCCGUGACCAAAUAUGUCUGAUUAGCACAUUAUUCAAUAACAUCAACAAAACUCACCUUUCUGAUUUCGUUGAAUUUAUCGUUGGAAAUGUAUCUGCUUUGAGUGUCGCAGGAUAUCCACAUAUCUCUGUGCCAUCUCUGUCGUAGCAACGGUAUCGUCGGCAAGGUGUGCGGAACAAACGAGGGACUUUCGCAUCUUUUGACCACUGGUGCAACUUGAAUCUUUCGAUUGGUAUGUGUUUGUUUGGCAUUAAAUGUGGGUGGAGGGAAAGGCUGGAUGCAAAUAUAGCUACAAAUGAGGCAUAAUGAUGCAAUAUGUACAUACAGCUAGCCUAAAUAGCAUGUUAGCAUUGAUUAGCAUGCCGUGACCAUUGAUAUGUAUGAUUAACACACUCCACAUAAGUCAACUUGAAUCCGUCUCUGUUCGUGUUGUUACACCCUCCGACAACACACGAGGUUCGGAAAACAGUCGAAAAAACGGAAAAUAACAGAGCUGAUUUGACUUGGUGUGUGUAAUGUGUUUGAGAAAAUGGCGGAUUGCUUCCUGUUGUGACGUCACAGGUGAAAGGUCAUUGCUCUGACAGCGAACAAUUGAAAGACGUUUCAAUCGCCAAAUUCACCCUUUUAGAGUUCGGAAAUCAGUUAAAAUAACAUAUGGUCUUUUUUCUGCAACAUCAAGGUAUAUAUUGACACUUACAUAGGUCUGGUGAUUAUGUUCCCCUUUAACAACAUCAACACAAUAUGUAAACUAGUUCCUGUUUCUCUAUCUUUGCCUACA